AUGAGCCAGCCGCUCACUCUGUUCUGGCCCAUUUUCCCCCAGCGCUCCGACGGCAAGACCGUGGUCAACAACAAAGGCAAGCCCGUCCGAAAUGGCCCAACCGAGGCGCAGCUCGACCGCACGCCCAACGAGCAGGGCCAGAGCGACUACUACCGCCUGAUCGAAAAGGACGACGCGAAGCACGUCGACUGGCGCAAGAAGCUGGGCGGCAUGCUGCUGCGCGAGAUUGGGCGCAAGGAAGACGAAGACAAGUGGCAGCAGUGCAUCCUGUGGGACUUUCCCGAGGGCUACAGGCUGUACGAGCACAUCAAGUCCAAGACCAAUGGCGAUUCCAAGACCCACUCUGGCGGCGGCCAUGACAGGCAGGAUGCCUAUCUCUACGGCUAUCCCAAAGGACCCCGCAAGCGCUUCCGCAGCCCUGUCGAAUUCUUCCCGCAUCUGCUGUGGCUCUCCACCGACGAGUCGAGCGACUACAACAACUGCUCCUGCCGUAUAUGCUCGCCCAACCAGGUCGAAGUCGAGAAGCCCGCUCAGCCAGCACGACCUGCGGAUGCCACGUCCAAUGCAUCUACUGCCAUGAGAACAAUGAGCGCUUCAAAUGGACCUGUUCCCGUCAAUCGAAACUCCGCCCCCAUCCCCAUCCGACGCUCUAGUGUAGGCACACCUAGUACGCCCAUUGCCCAGAGCCCUGUGACGAAGCCCGCCACGCCCACUACCCAGUACAACGCCGGGCAGAUCAAGGCGCCGCCCCGGCUCGAGCCUACGCCCCUCCCGCAACCGCGCACACUGGACCAGCAGGUCGACAAUCAAUACAACAAAUUCCUUGCCCGCACCGGCGAAGUUGUAUGGUUUCGGAGGUCUGGCGGCGCCUUCGGCUUAGGGCUUGUAGCACGCCGCUGGACAUCCGCCAACGCCGCCCAUACCGGCAUGUACAGUGUGCAGCCACUCUCAUAUCCGGGGCACUCUCCGCCACAAGAAGUUGUCGAGGCGGGCGCUGAUGUGAAGCCGUGGCUGGCCUGGUCUGUGCCGUCUUGCACUUUCGAAUACCUGCGGAACAACCCUACUAUGACUUAUAAUCAGGUAGACUGGAAGGCUUUGGCCGCACGCCAGUGGGAAGGCCACCCGGAGGUCGAUGCUUCCAUACUUGCCGCCAAGGCGAUCGAUAUGACGUACACGCCAUUCGAGAGGCUCAAGACGGUACCCAGCAAUGGAGGCGAGGAGCGCCAUUGGAACGGGAUAUAUUAUGGGGCUGAAAAGAUAUGGAGAGGCGAGCCGGUACGUUUACGACUGGGCCUUGGAUCCGACGUUCUAGUCAUCAGCGAGAUCAUUCAGAAAGUCGCUCCUAUCGGGAACAAUCAAGUCGGCUCAAAGAUCGAGAUGCGAGGCGACGUGUACGCGUAUGCGACUCUCCCAGCGCCAAACCCCAAGAGCCCCCCUGCUCUACCAUCAGACAAUCAUGUGCCCCUCCGCAUGCGAGAAGACAUGAAUUGGCGAAAUCAGACGCUGCUGUCCUCUGCCGGUGAGCUCUGCUACUGGAAACUUAUCUCAGCGAACCAACGCGUAGCCCUUGAGGACAUUAAGGGUCGCUGGUAUGAGAUUAGUUCGCUCUUUCAAGAAUUCUUCUUUGCAUCUGUUCAGAAAAAGGAAGGUGGCAAUGGCAGCUGGAUGAACGCCCGCGGUGACGCCACCGGUCAGAGCAAAGACCCCGGUGCCCUUCGAGCAGAUCGCCUCGAAGCUUUUGGUAGUGCCAUUCCGCAGCAAUUCAGACUUGUUGAUGGGCUAGAUCCGCCAGGCGAUCAUGAGAAACCAGCAACCGCCAUGCAAGGCAUUGAGCUUGGCAUGGGUGCUGCAACUGGCGAGACCAAUUUCGCUAUCGACGAUUUCAUGAACUUUGGCGAGGACACGACGAUGCCAUUUGGCGACAGCAACAUCUUCUGA